AGAAAGGCAUCAACCUACGUUACGCCAUAACAUAUCACAUUCCCCCACCCAAAAAGCAGGAUAACCCAAACCGAAAAGAGAAGAAGAAGAAGGGGAAAGAAAAGUAGACAACAACAUCCAUCAUCCAUGUAGAUAAUCAGCUCUAUACUCACAUUAAAUACACUCAGCCACCCUACAUAUGCCCACUUCUCCCAUUCCCUUCCCUCCUUUCAUCAACCCCUAACAAACGCCUUUCUUCUUCGCCUCCUGUCUUGUCAUAGUAUAACUUCUCCCUCUCUUCAUCUUGUAUUUCCAGCAACCAGUCAGUUGAUUUUUGUCUUCAUUUGCUAUCUCAAAACCACCACUUCAUCAACAGAAAGAAGAAAACUACUAGAAGAUGAGAGCAGGAGGUUGCACAGUGCAACAAGCCCUGACUCCAGAGGCAGCAACAAUAGUAAAGCAGGCAGUGAACUUGGCUCGGCAACGAGGCCAUGCCCAAGUGACACCCCUCCAUGUUGCCACCACAAUGCUCUCCUCGCCUACUGGACUCCUCCGUGCUGCCUGCCUUCAGUCCCACUCUCACCCCCUCCAGUGCAAGGCCCUUGAGUUGUGCUUCAAUGUUGCCCUCAACCGCCUUCCUACCUCCCCUUCCUCAGCCCCUCUCCUAGGCCCCUACCAAGCCCACCACCAUCUGCCAUCCUUCUCCAAUGCCCUCAUCGCCGCCUUCAAGAGGGCCCAAGCACACCAGCGCCGUGGAUCCGUCGAGACCCAGCAGCAGCCAUUGCUUACAGUGAAGAUAGAGCUAGAGCAGCUCAUCAUCUCCAUUUUAGAUGAUCCUAGUGUGAGUAGAGUCAUGAGGGAGGCUGGCUUCUCAAGUACCCAUGUGAAGGACAAUGUAGAGAAAACUCUUUCUGCGGAGAUCAGUGCUCCCAACCCUAACCCUAACCCUAACCCUAGCCCUCCCAAGGAAGGCAGCAGUUUAUUAACUCCAACCCAAGUGACUAAAUCUAAGCCUUUGGAUCAAGAAAAAAGCGAGGAUGUUACGAGUGUCAUGGAGACUUUGAUGAGUGGGAAGAAUGUUGUGGUAGUAGGAGAGUGUUUAGCCGCCCCUGAGUGUGUUGUUAAGGGGCUGAUGGAUAGAAUUGAGAAGGAAGAGGUUCCUGAUGAGGCCUUGAGGAGCAUAAAGAUCAUAACUCUUCCUCUCUAUUCAUUCAGUCACAUGUCAAGGGAGGAGGUGGAACAAAAGAUUGGGGAGCUGCGGUGCCUUGUGAAGAAUUCGUGUGGGGGAAAAAAGACUAUUUUAUACCUGGGAGAUCUAAAGUGGGCAGCUAAAUCUGGGGCUAGUUGCGCGGAGAAAGUAAGAGGUUUAUACUGCCCCUUGGAUCAUAUGAUCAUGGAGCUCGGGAGUUUGGUGUGCGAUGGGAUUGAAGGGGAGAGUGGAAUUUCAAAGUUUGGGCUUAUGGGGAUUGCAACGGCUCAGACUUACAUGAAGUGUAGGGUUGGGCAACCUUCAUUAGAAGCUUUUUGGGGUCUUCAUCCUAUCACUGUCGCUGCAGGAAGCUUGGAGUUAAGCCUCAAUUAUGACGGUGGUCUACAAAGUCAGUGCGGAAGCAAGAGGAGUGGCACCGAGACUUCUUGGUGUUUGCCAGGAGUUAGAAGCCAGCUAGCUUGCUGUGCUGAUUGUUCUGUUAAGUCCGAGAUUGAGGCCCGAGACCUCCAUAGCAUUGCCAGUGGUACCGAUGGCUUAAUUCCUCCAGUAUUGCCGCCAUGGCUUCGGCAAUAUAAAGAGGAUCAAAAUAAAAGAGCAACAAGAAAUGAUCAGCAGCACUGUUGCAUGCACCAAAUCCCCCAAGCCUGGCCAAUCACAAUCAACACAGAUAACUCAUGGAGGGAACACCAUUUCUGGAUAUCAGAAAGCAUCAACAAAGGCUUACAAGAGCAGGAAGGGCAGAGAUUAUCCCAUGAUAUUGGAUCCAACUCUAAUAUGGCUUCUUCUAGCGAUUCCAUGGAAAUAGAGUACCAUUGUAAAUUUAAGGAGCUCAAUGCAAAGAAUCUGAAGAACCUUUGCAGUGCAUUGGAGGAAAAGGUCCCAUGGCAGAAGGACAUCAUCCCCGAGAUUGCUGGCACCAUCCUCCAAUGCAGAUCAGGAAUGAUAAGAAGGAAAGAGAAGAUGAGAUUGACCAGGACCAAGGAAGAAACGUGGUUGUUCUUUGAAGGUGUUGAUGUUGAGGGCAAGGAUAAGAUUGCCAGGGAGCUAGCCAGCCUUGUCUAUGGUUCUUACAACAACUUUGUUUCAAUUGGAGUAGGCACCUUCUCAUCAACAAGGUCUGCUUCCACUGAUGAUCUCCGAAAUAAAAGGUCAAGAUCGGAAGUAACCGAUAGCUAUCUCAAGAGGUUCUUUGAAGCAAUCCAUGAUAAUCCACAUCGUGUCUUCUUAAUGGAAGACAUUGACCAAGUAGACUACCACUCGCAACUGGGUAUUGGGACUGCCAUUGAGAGAGGAAAAGUACAAAACUGCGGGGGUGAGGAGAUUAGUAUUAGUGAUGCGAUUAUCAUCUUUAGUUGUGAAAGCUUUAAUUCGCAGUCAAGAUCUUGCUCACCUGCAAUUAAGCAAAAACUGAUUGGCCUUGAAGAGAAGGAAGAAGUGGACGACAAAGACACCAGUACAAAUGUUUCUUUAGAUUUAAAUCUUUGGGCUGUUGACAAUCAUGAGGAUCGGUCCUUUGAUGGUCUGGGGCUUCUUGAAUCAGUGGACAGAAUGUUCUUUUUCAAAUUGCCCGAGGAACUGUAAUUCAAGGGCAGUGUUUGUUAAGAUUGUUGGUUCCUUGUCCUCCAUGUUGAAUCCUGGUCACCUUUUUCUGAAUUUUGAAAUGAGGAAAGAAUUGUGGCUUAACAUAGAUACUGUAGUUAGUAGGAACAAAUGUAUAUUAAUUAAGUAGUUUUUUCCCCAUCUUUUGGGAGAAGUGAAUUAAUGGGUUUGUAUUUUUUAUCUCAAAAAAUAUUGACAUCCAGUGGUUAUUGUUUCUGAUGUCUUUCAACUUUAGAAGGCCGACUUGUAGUUAUUGUUCCU